AUGGCUCUCACCAAGGGAAGAUGGUCAGUCGUGAAUCUGACCUACGAGGUUCUUCCGACAGACGAAGCGGCGUACACAUCGUCUGGCCUGAGCCCAACACCUUUGCUCAUAGAGCCGACCGGCGCGGACACUAACGUGACCAACACGACCCACCCCGCCGUGCCGACUUUCAGCGACCACCACCUGAUGAAGGUGAUCAUCACGUCGUUCCUGUUCCUGUGGGCCGCCGCGGGGAACGUGUCUGUGUUGGCGGUGAUGCAGCGGUCCCGCUCCCGCAGCAGGACGCCUCUCCACUCCCUGGUGUUCCAGCUCACCGUGGCGGACUCCCUGGUCACCUUCGUCACCAUGCCGUCCGAGCUCGCCUGGGCCGCUACCGUCUCCUGGAAGGCCGGGGAAGUCAUGUGCAGGAUCAUCAAGUUUCUGCAGAUGAUAGGACUGUACCAGUCUACCCUGAUCACGGUGGCCAUCAGUGUGGACCGGGCGGUGGCCGUGCUGUUCCCCUUCAGUAAGAGCGGCGCUCCUCACCGCACCAAAGUCAUGAUCAUCACCUGCUGGGUCCUCAGCACUGUCUUCAGCUUCCCGCAG